ACUUUCUCAGUCCCAGGCCCUGAAAUCUGAAUAAAAUCCACUCUCCAUAAUUCCUCUCUUCUCCUCUCCCCCACCGCCCCCUGCUCCUCCUCCGCUGCCGCCGCCGACCGCCGGUGCCGCGUAGGUAUCCGGCGGGCGAGAUCCGUGCCGUCGUUACGGAUAGAAAUCUGAGGUUCAGUGUGGCGACUUACAAGGUGUGGCUGCAUUCGGCCUCCCGCUCCUCCACGCGCGCACCCAGCCUCCCAAGGCUGGCUCUGGAGACCAAGCCUGGGCUCCCAGUGCACCACCGCUAGCCCUUCUACCGCCGCAGUCACUCCCUCCCUCAGCCGGAUCCUCAGUCCACUGCCACCGCCGCCGCAGCGCCGCUCCUCCUUCGGUCUAGCGGAGUGGAGAUCCGUCCGGGCGUGGAUUGAUUUCUUCUUCUGUUGAUGUCGGAGCUCAGGUAGUAGUCAACUAUGGAUGCAAUGGAGACUGAAGGGGGUCCUUUUCUGGCUAAUGAUGCCAAGUUGCAUGCAGGAAUGUGUAGAGUAUUUCAUCCAGCGGUAUCUAAACUUUCCGCCAUGUUCCCUUUCAUCGAAGCAUCAAGACCAAGAAGCAAGUCUGGUAUACAGGCAUUGUGUUCACUGCAUGUAGCUCUAGAUAAAGCGAAAGGUCUUCUUCAGCACUGUGCAGACUGCAGCAGGCUCUACUUGGCCAUUACUGCAGAAACUGUGCUUCUGAAGUUUGAGAAAGCUAAAAGCCAACUUCAGGAAAGUCUGAGGCGCGUUGAAAGCAUAGUAACGGAAGAUAUCAGUUGUAAGAUUGUAGAGAUUGUUAGCGAGUUGGAGGAGAUUGUAUUUACAUUGGAUCGAUCUGAGAAGGAAGCUGGUGAUGAGGUGAUCAAUUUGCUCCAGAGAAACAAUAAAAUAAAUGGUUCCAGUGAUAGUGGGGAGCUUGAGGUCUUCCAUAUGGCUGCUCUGAAAUUGGGGAUUACAUCUUCUAGGGCAGCACUAACUGAGAGAAGAGCCCUCAAGAAGCUAAUUGAGAAGGCUCGUUCUGAUGAAGACAAGCGGAAGGAGUUUGUUGUGUCAUACUUACACAACCUCAUGAGGAAAUACUCGAAAUUCUUCAGAAGCGAGGCUGGUGAUGAUACCGAUUCUCAGGGAUCGUCCCCAUGCUCGCCUACCGUAUUAGGCAUGGAUGACAUGUAUGGACCCUAUGGCAAUGGCCGAACAUUCAGUAGACAACUUUUGAACAUUCAGUCAUUCAAUUCUAGGCUUGGAUCUUUCAAUUCUAGGCUUGGGUCAUUCAAUUGCAGACGUGGUGGCCCAAGGUUCGAAAAUAUGCCAAUCCCUCCUGAAGAACUUAGGUGCCCUAUUUCCUUACAGCUUAUGUAUGACCCAGUCAUCAUUUCAUCUGGGCAGACUUAUGAGCGUGUUUGCAUUGAGAAAUGGUUCAAUGAUGGUCACAGCACAUGUCCUAAAACUCAGCAGCAACUUGCCCACCUGUCUUUGACUCCAAACUACUGUGUCAAGGCCCUGAUUGCCAGCUGGUGCGAGCAGAAUGAUUUUCCAGUUCCUGAUGGUCCACCGGGAUCUUUUGAUGUAAACUGGAGACUUGCUUUCUCAGAUUCUGAGGCAACAGGUUGUGUGUCUGUUGAAAGUUUUGAUUCUAGCAAUGUGAAGAGUGUCAAGGUUGUCCCGAUGGAGAAUAUGAGGAAAGAGGAGCCGACAAACAGUGAAUCAGGAACUCUGGAUGACAGCUCUUGUUAUGAUUUCAAUAUAAAUGAGGGCUAUGGGAACUUGUUGCUCAUGCUUCAUGAAAGGACCAACAUGCACAAGCAAUGUAGGUUGGUGGAGCAGAUAAGGUAUCUUUUGAAAGAUGAUGAAGAAGCAAGGAUCCAGCUAGGCUCAAAUGGGUUUGCCGAUGCUCUGGUUGAGUUCUUGAGGAACGCUGUGAAUGAUGGAAAUGAGAAGGCACAGGAAGUUGGUGCCAUGGCUCUUUUCAACCUUGCAGUCAAUAAUAACAGAAACAAGGGACUGAUGUUAUCUGCUGGAGUUGUCAAUCUACUUGAGCAGAUGAUAUCGAAUCCACGUCUAUCUGGUCCAGCCACAGCACUCUACCUUAAUCUUUCCUGCCUCCCUGAUGCAAAGAACGUCAUCGGUUCGAGCCAGGCUGUGUCGUUCCUAGUAGACCGUCUGUACAGCCAUGACGCCGGCAACACUAAAGGCAGCUCAUGCAAGCAUGAUGCCCUGUACACACUGUACAACCUCUCAAACCACCAGGCCAGCGUCCCAGCGCUCAUUUCUGCAGGCAUUGUGGAUGCUCUCCAUUGCCUUCUUACCGAGUCUCCUGCAUCCGAGGGCCUUGGUUGGACAGAGAAGGCCCUUGCAGUGCUCAUCAGCCUUGCUGCGACCCAGGCUGGCAGGAAAGGGAUCAUGUCCACCCCGGGUUUGAUGAGCACGUUAGCAAUGCUGCUGGACACAGGCGAGCCGACGGAGCAGGAGCAGGCCGUGUCCUGCCUCCUCGUGAUGUGCACGGCCGAUGACAAGUGCAUCGUACCGGUGCUUCAAGAGGGCGUGGUCCCUUCCCUGGUCUCCAUCUCGGCGGUCGGCACAGGGAGGGGAAGGGAGAAGGCCCAGAAGCUCCUCAAGCUGUUCCGUGAGCAAAGGAAGCAGGACACACCUUACCGCCUUCACAUUUCAGGAAUCACAGGGGAUGGGAGAUGCCUGUUCAGGUCUGUUGCUUACGGCGCCUCCUUAAGGAGAGGAAAGCAGGCACCUAGCGACAGCGUCCAGAAGGAACUCGCUGACGAGCUCCGAGCAAAAGUAGCUGAUGAAUUUGUCAAGAGGAGAGGAGACACUGAAUGGUUCCUCGAAGGCGAUUUCGAGAGCUAUGUGAGUCAGAUGAGAAAGCCUUAUGUUUGGGGAGGAGAACCAGAACUGCUCAUGUGCUCCCAUGUUCUCAGGAUGCCCAUUACUGUUUACAUGUACACCAAUGGCUCUGAUAGCCCCAGAAUCAUAGCAGAAUAUGGUCAGGAAUAUGGCAAGGACAAUCCAAUUCGUGUUCUCUACGAUGGUUACGGGCACUACAACGCGCUGCAGUCACCUCUUGAGAGAGGUGUAAAUAACCAGAGAAUGCGUUACCUAAGCUUCUAUAGGACAGCUGCAUAAGUGUCAGCAGCUCAAUCUUCAACGACGUGAUUUUGCCCUAUUUGACAAACCAUAUAGCACAUGAAGUUCACCCUUGCUUUGCUGUUCAAGCUUUUGCUUUUCGUCAAGGUUGAUGUAUAAAUAAACUUCAGAAACAGUCACAAAAUUAA